AUGCAAAAUGAUCCCUCCAACACGUCCUCACCCGCAGACAACCUCUCGCCCGCGUCGCCGACCCAGGCGAGCCGCAAGCGAAAGGCUCCCUCUGGCUCUCGCGGCGUCGCCAGCCUCACUCCCGACCAGCUCGCCAAAAAGCGCGCUAACGACCGCGAGGCUCAACGCGCCAUUCGAGAGCGGACGAAGCAGCACAUCGAGCACCUGGAGCGCAGAAUCCAAGAGUUGACAUCCCAACAACCCUACCAAGAGCUUCAGGCUGUGAUUCGGCAGAAAGAUGCCAUCCAGGCCGAGAACGACGAGAUCAGAAGGAGGCUGGCCUCCAUCAUGUCCAUACUACAGCCUAUUGUCGGUGCGCAAGGCUUGACAGAUCUCGCGACGGCGGCACAGCACAAUGUCCAACCUGGAGCUGGACAGCAGAGUGCUGAAUUCCGUCCCAGCAAUAUUCCUCCUUCUGAUCCAUAUCUGAAUGGGAGACAGCAAUUCCCUGUCUCUCCCAACACAUCUCAAGCGACCAUGGAAGGGUCGACAUAUCCGCCGCCUUUCGGGGCUGAUGAUCAAGCUGACGGCAGAGUAUGGUCGGCAUCGAGAGAAGCGCUGGUCCACCAACGAGACAAUCUCCAACGGGGACUGGAACUAAACGAUUCUGGGGAACGUUUGUCAUUCAAUUUCCUUCUCGACAGCCUGGGCCAGCGAACUGGAAACAGCAUUGCUUCUCAGGCGCAAAACAUCUCUCCUGGCCGGCGUUCGGUGUACCCGUCGCUUUCUGAACAAUCACCGCCACUGCCGCCAUGGACAGCUCUUCCGAAAAACGUCCCACCUACUUGCCCGCUUGACGGCCUGCUCUCCAACUUCCUCCAGUCUCGUCGACGUGAGGCGAAUGUGAACCAGGCCUCGAACGCCAACCCAUUAUUGAAUCCUACCAGCUACCCGAGCGUCUCGUUGCUCCUCAACCCGGCAGGCGGCCACCAGCUCGACCCGCUGUCGCAGCUGAUGACGGACAUCAUCAGCAAAUUCCCCAACAUCUCAGGGCUGCCCGAGCAGGCCGGCGUGCUGUUCAUCAUGUUCCUCCACCUGCGAUGGCAGAUCAACCCCACGCAGGAGAACUACGAACGACUGCCCGACUGGAUCCGUCCGACCCCGACGCAACUUUUCACACCCCACCCGGUCUGGAUAGACCACCUCCCCUGGCCCCGGAUGCGCGACCUGCUCUGCGCCAGUUACCACGACUACCCGUUUGAGAACUGGUUCAUCCCCUUCACGAGCGGCCUGAGCGUCAACUGGCCCUACGACCCUGCCGAUUGCCUACUCGUGACAUCCGAUCGGGACAGGGUCGACCCCAUCAUCAACCCUGUCUUCGAGCGCCAUGUCCGCCGUCUGGAGAACUGGUCGCUCGGCCGGUCGUUCGCCGAGACAUUCCCCUCUCUCGCAGAUAGCGCACUCAUCAAACGUAAAGGCCUUUCUUCUGUUUCCCCGGCCCAAGAGAAUCCGGCCAGUUUGUCUUCCGCUGUUUCUUGA